AUGUUUGUUUAUGUGCGAGCCGACAGGAGCCAAACGUCUCCAGUCGAACACAAUAACGGCCAGAGCGAGGGCCGGGGUCAGGGCAGCGCGGAGGUGGACACGGCCUGGAGCGUUGGAGAAAGCAAUGAUGUGUCACACUGCGCUUCAAGAAGGAGAACACACACUUUCCCUUCGAGCACUGAAUCCAGCCUGUGUUUCCUGAUCCUGUGUUUGCUGAUCCUGUGUUUGCUGAUCCUGUGUUUCCUGACCCUGUGUUUCCUGAUCCUGUGUUUCCUGACCCUGUGUUUCCUGAUCCUGUGUUUCCUGAUCCUGUGUUUCCUGAUCCUGUGUUUCCUGAUCAGAGUCUUCUCCACAAUAAACCACUCUUUCCAAUGGCACACCUCUGAUCGCCGAGGUCUACACCAGAGCUUCUGUCAGAAACACCAGAGGAGACUGAGCCACAACACUGCAGCUGUCAGACGGCCCAGAGACCUCGCCUCCGCCCGCCUCCGCCCGCCUCCGCCCGCCUCCGCCCGCCUCCGCCCGCCCGCCUCCGCCCGCCUCCGCCCGCCUCCGCCUGACUACCGCUGUCUCCGCCUGCCUACGCCUGCCUACCACUGCCUCCGCCCGCCUGAAGUUCCGUGGGUCCAGAAAUAA